CGCUUGCGUCCCUGCGCCCCUGCAGAGCUUCGCAGGCUGCGAAACAAGCAGCGGGAUGACUACAUCAUGGCCAGGAUCCUCGUCAGGGACAAGGCCCUGGGGAUCAAGCACUUGGCAAGUCAGAAACACAGCGAACAUGGUGUGGGCGGAAAUCUCUGGGGCGCUGCGCUGGUGCUCUGCCGAUUCCUGGCCUCGCCGGCUCGUCCUGCCGGAGGGUAUCUGGCUGGAAAGACUGUCCUGGAACUGGGCAGUGGGACAGGCGCAGCAGGUCUUGCCGCAGCGUCGCUCGGCGCUGCAGUCACCCUCACCGACCUUCCGCAGGUUUUGCCUCUGACUUUCAGCAACAUGGCAGCCAACAGCCUCUGCUCUCCAAAUACAAAGCUUGCGCUGCUCGACUGGAAGGCAGUUGCCAGCUGGCCCCAGGAUGCUCUUCCGAACUACGACCUGAUCCUGUGCUCCGACGUCCUUUACUGGUCGGAUGUGGUCCCAGAUCUCGCAGCUCUCCUGGGGCGCCUGCUCCAGAAUGGGAGAAGCACGCUGCUUUGGUGCUGGGUGAAGCGGCAUGAGCACGUGGCACGGGAGAUGUGGAGGGCUCUGGCGGCCCAGGACCUGGUCAUCGGUAGGCUCCCACUGGAAAGCGGCCUCCUCCGGUCUGAGGACUUCUGCCAUGUGAGCCGGCACGUCGAAGCGUUUGUGGGCUGCGCCCGUGGUGGACGGCUUGAUGAGGUUAUCGCCAAAGACGCGAUGCACAAUUUUGUCCUCGACGAAGACGGCUGCGUCAAGGGUGUGUAUUCCCACGCCUGUGCAAACAGGUCCUA